CCCUCGGUCGUCACCACAAGACAUCUUCAUCAGGUCAAGGCAGGAAAAUCGAUAGGUCCUUCUCUCUUCCUAUCGUUUUCACUUGACGUUCCUCGAACCGCUUCGGCGCUGGCAAACGCCUCCCCUCUCAAAUGAACCCUCUUUUCUUCUUAGAUGAAUGAGCUUAUUUGUUGAUUCUCUUGCCGAGAGCUUUACUCCUUCAACUACUUCCAUCCUUUCCACUUCCAAUGAUCAUUCCAACUGCCCAACAUCAUGGCUGACCGUCCACGGCAAUCUUCCAGGCCUCCCUCGAAUCGGAGGGACACCCCCCAUCUUCAGUACCCGACCUUCCCUCCGCUAAGUGCUUCUGUUGAGGAGUGGCUGUCUCGGUCGCGUCCUGCAAACAUGACGUCAACCCGUCAUCCUGAUGGUCUACAUCCGCUGAGCGAGAGCUGGGCAACGCUGAGCACAUCCGACACUCACUCGGAGGAUGGUGCUCCAUCUGAGCAGACGGAUGUGGGUUCUUUGAUUGACCAGUCCGGCCCAGAUGAUGUUGCUAGCCUCGAUGGGCGGUUCAGUAGUAGUGAGGCGGACGCCAUCGACGAGGACGAGGACGACGAUAACGAUAAUGAUGAUGAUUAUGAGGAUGAAGAUGAGGAUGAGGAUGAUGGGAGAAGCAGUUUAUACGAGUCACAGAACUUGUCUGCACCUUUCCCCACGGGCGAAGAUCCGAUCCAUGAGAGCCAUCUCUCGACCGAGACUGCUUUCUAUCGGUCGACCGAUUCUAUCGAGUUCGUCGAGCCAGAGAAAUGGCCGGAGGCCGAUAAAGUGGAGUUGAAGCACACAAUCCAGGUCUUUGAAGGCGCUGAAGCAUCUGAACUCAAGAAGCGGCUGCCGUAUAAUCUUCGAGAUUCCUUGCUCACGGUCACUAUCCAGCAGACCAUGACCAAGCAAAGCCUCGAAGUCGAUCAGCCAUUCCGCGUACUGUACCUGGGAAACCCGGAAUUCCGCAACAUUAUCCUUGACAAGAUUGGAGACGUACUUGUCUCAAGCUCCUGCAGUAGCUAUGAAAGCAGCUCGGCCGAAUCAUCGAGAUACCAUGUUGUGCCCACCUCCUUUGGUGCAGGGGCCAUCCCGAACUUCGCAGAGCUACUGCCUAUCCAUGUCCAGCUUAUUGUGGAUGAGUGUGUGGACGCCUCAGAGGAACCUCAACUUGACAAGCCCAACAACGUGACUUUGCAUUUUAAGAACCGGCCUUCAUGUUCUUCGUCCUGGACUGACAUGGAAUAUUGUAUCUCAUCUUCGACUGAAUGGACGUUACCAGAUGUGGCCAUCUUCUUCAUCUCUACAAAUGAUGAUGAACAUGCCGUGAGGAUUCAAAAUCUGGCGCGAACUUUCAUGAUGAGACACGGCACACCGGUCAUAGUCAUCUCUGAGGCACCUCUCUGGACCAUGACAACUGAGUUGACACCCAUCAACCACCAUAGCCUUCACAUGUGCAUAGAGUCUCGCAAUCCCCUCACUGGAGAGAGUGCUGUACUUCGCCGUUACCCGAUUGAUAUCAAGACCUUUGAGAGCAUCACUCCAAGACAAUUGAAUAGAAACCUGGCCUCGCUGGCGAGCCUCUACCCGAAAAAGACACCCAAAGUUGCCGCAAAGAGUCCCACAUACCCCCAACCUGACCGACUCUUUGAUGCCGAAAAAUAUCCUAAAAACAUGAAAUUCUCCUCCAUCUCGAGUCGUGCCCAGGAAAUGGCCCCUGUGUUACGCCUUGUUACCCUUUUCCUUAUUUCCAUAGUGGUCACAUCUCUGGCUCUUACGGCUUUCAAGGCUGGCAGUGUGCUUUUAACCCAGCAGUGGACCCAGAACGGCACGACUGAUGUUCAAUCUUUUCCAUCGGGGCCUCCCAAGCAAACAGCGCUCUCUAUCAAAACCUCUUACCCGGUGGACCAAGCCCAGCUAUCAACCAAGGAUAAAUGUCAAUCGAAGGCGGAGGAAUUGAUGAGCCUCUCGCUGUCUCCGCACGAUUUGCAGAAAAAGUCGGACGACUUCAAAAUCCAAGUUGUGGGAGAUUGCCAUAUUAUCAUCAAGACGCCCCAUGGGUUCCCGACUAGAAAUAAACGGCCUGGAUUUAGCGUCUCUGUGAGCCGCCGAGACAUAGUGCUCCCAUAUGAGCUAUCUCGACUGUUCGACGGGGUCUAUGCCUUAAGGCUCGAAAGAGAGCAGGCGCAUGGUCUCGUUAAUGUCACUGUCAAGACGAGUGCAAGGCCACCCGUGGAACAGACUGCGCAGUUAGAUUUCGGUACACCUUGGUUGAAGAUUGAGAAUUGGAAACGGGCUGCUCAGAUCGUCUCAUCGCAGCUAACAAGGGACAUCAGCAUUGCGCAAACGGGAAUUGUUGAGGCAUACGGUCGCAUCUGCACCGAUCUACAGGUGUUGAUGGGGGAUGCGGUCAAAAGAUCGCACUUUCUUCGGCAUGAAGCAGAGCUUCUGAGUCGCGGAUCAAUACAGCGAACUAUGGAAACCCGGGAUGCCGUCCUGUCUAAGUCUAAGGAGCUUUCGGAAGUUGUGAAGCGUACCGCGGUGCAGCAAUUCCAAUCUGCUUCGUCCGUUUUACACGGCAAGGCCAAUCGAGAAAAUCGUGAUGCCACUCAGGUGAUCAGCAAGACCUGGAGACAACUUAGUGACUCGGCCCAGCGCGUAGACCUCAGGCCAUGGAUGGAUUACUUCCGGAAGAUGGAAACAUCGAGGAUCCUGGAGAGAGCGCAGUUGCAGGCACGAAGUUUGGUGCUCGGGAAGUCUCUCGAAGAUGAACACUGACUGGUGGCAGUCCGCAGGUUGUAAUCUUACUCUUCUCUUCUCCUUGCUUCAUUUAUUUAUUUAUUCGCAACGGUCAAGUCACAGUGAAGGAGGGAAUAGGCUAUUGGGUCGCAAGAAGGAUGUCAUUUUCAAUAUGUCUUUGAUGUUCACCUGGCGUAUAGCUCAGUCUUUCAACAUAUCAAAUUACAUUUGCUUCCCCUCCCCCAAAAAAAAGCAAAAAGAGAAAGAAAACCUAUAACACAGAUAAUGUUUAUAAGUGCCCUGGCAGAAUUCUCCCAUCAGAACAAAAACAUGACAAGAGUGGGAUUUGAACCCACGCC